GUUGACGCACUCAAUGUCCCAAAAUACCAAAACCGAAUGGUCUUGGUUCAGAGACGAUGCGCCAUGCGUGUAGCGAGUUCCUAUCGAACAGUCUCUGCACUGGCAGUAAUGGUUGUAGCGGGAGUAAUCCCUAUUGCUCUUCUUGCUAAGGAGAGAAAAAGAAUCUACAAUAGGUGCCAAUCGGAGGAUGAUCGUUCACAAAUUAAAACUGAGCGCAGCUCCGGAUUUACCAUGGGGCACAGUAAGGCUAGUGCCCCAGACCCCAGGGGGCCCCUAAGCCCAGAAAAUUAAUAAAGUUUACAGCAAAAUUUGGAUUUUCUCUGCCCUUAAGAGGGCCCCUUCGAGGUUCAACCCCAGGCCCCGAAAAAUGUUAAUCCGGCGUUGGAGAGGCGUCCCCAUAGUUUGGCAGAGGUCAUUCUCGAGCCAGCGAGCCCAAAAAGAGAUACCUCUCUCUUCUACCGAGGACGAUGCGCUCCAUUGCAGAAGCAACCGAUUAUUAUAUUAUUAAGCGUCAGACAGCAAGACAUUCACCUACAGUAUCGAAGGCCGGCGAGCCCGAGGAGAGACACCCGUCUCUCCUGCCGAGGACAACGCGUAUACUGAAGGGAGGAUAAGCUGCAGCGAACUACAUGCCAAGCAGAAGAAUCACCGGAUCUGCUUAUCCGUAAAAAGCGGAUAAUUGAUCAAACGGCCAGUGGACGUUAUCCAGAGUGGCUUCACAGAGCUCCUUACAUUGUCAACAUUUUAAGAAAUGGUAUUAGUCACUGCGCAGGCGUUAUAUUAGAAUCCGAUAUCAUUUUAACUGUGACUAACUGUAUUUCGGCAAAGUCUUAUACUAGAUUCUCUAUUUUAUCUGGUUCACCGAUGAGAAACCAAGGAUUCCGUCACAAUAUAACAAAAAGAUUAUUAACCUCAGCGUCAGGCUUAGCCAUAUUUAAAAUUAUUCCACCGAUUAACUUCCACCAAGAUGGUAAUGCAAAAAUUGAACUCUUUACGGGAGUCUUACCCCCAAAUCCAUUUGGACGAUUUAGUGGCUGGGGAUGCACUGGCAGAUGGCGACGUGGGAGAAAUAUAUAUCCUAAGCAGUUAAUGAUAACCCGACUGCCCAUUAUUUCCGAGCAGGACUGUAGACACGCUACUCCUAAUCCUGUUAGACGUAUUUGUACUCUUGAUACCAGUAGAAGAAGGGGCACUUGCACGGGUGAUGAAGGUGGUCCUCUUGUUUCUAUUCGUAAUAACCAACUCAUUGGUGUGCUGCUUUUUAGCAGUUUUGAAGUUGGGAUAUAUCCAGACAUUUUUGUUAACCUUAUUGAACCAUUCGAACAGCAAUGGGUCACUUACAAUAUGAAUAUUCUUCGAAACUAAUUGUACACUCAUGUAGGGCUGUCAUUUUUUUAACUAGUUUUCUCCUACCCUCGAUAAUGGUCCGAAUCCCCAAAAAUUGGAAAUCAUACACGUUUCUAUCAGAUUUGUUAACUUUGCAGAAAUUGUGCGCAUUUUCUAUCGUCAUUAACUAAGAAUGGACAAAUAGUGUGAGAAAAUCUAGACUAUUGUGGGUGGUGGAGAUUUUUCUUUAUAUUUUAAAUGCC